AUGUCGCUCAGCAGGUGCUUACUGACGUAUACUCAGGCUUCGUACCAACGUCAGUCCACUAUUCCCUUGAGCGUGAAGCAUACGCUCUAUAGUCGAAGUCCUAACCCCCGCAAUUUGACCGUGGCGCAGUACAUGGGCUUUGCGAGCUUCACCCUUCUCGUCUGGGACCACAUCGACACUUUCGCCGACGAGGUCGAGUACGUCUGGAAAGGAACCAAAGGACCAAUUGUCUACCUCUUUCUCGUGGCUUCAUUGUUAACCUAUAUGGUAUGGCAUCCUGGACAGCCUAAAACCUACACGUUCAACUCUGAAGGUUUGGUCCUUUACAGCCUAUCUCUCUCCUGUAUGGACGCCCGAAAUGUAGGUUCUCCAGCUCGUUGUGAUCGCUUCAUCCGCUUCGAGGGCGCGAUGACUGUCAUUGGAAUAAACAUAGUCGCUGAUACGCGUGUCUUGUUCGGCGAUAUAGCCAUAAUGAUGUUCAUCCGCAUCAAUGCCCUAUAUCACGGUAAUCGACCUGUGCUUAUCACAGUGUUCGUCGUUCUGUGCGUAGAAUUCGGCGUGAAUGCUUGGCUCCUUACCCAUGGUCAACGCGUGCAUCAUAAUCCGGCUUCUGGGAUAGUGGCGUGUACUAUGAUCUUCUCGCCAUCGGUACCCGGAUGGCUAGCUGCAUCAUCGGCGUGGCUCCCUCUCCUGUACGACACGAUGGUCCUGGUCUUGACCCUCUACCGGACCUUGCCAUCCCUCAAGGACCGAGGUGCAUCCUUCGUUAUGAAGCGAUUGUUCCAGGACGGUCUUAUAUACUAUACCGCAAUCUUCGCGGUCACACUCGUUUUGACAUUAAUGAUCAUAUUCGCUCCUCCUGGAUUGCAGAAUAUCACCGCUCAACUGGAGUUGCUAUUGACUGUAGCAAUGAUGUCCCGUAUAACCAUCAACCUCAAGAAAUCGGCUCAUAAAGUUCACGACUCGUCCGUUCGACCCGAGAUGCCCACAAUGUUCGGACAGAAAUCGCGAAGCGAGACCAACAGCGGCAUUCACGUCGUGGCUCCCAGGUUCAGCCGGCCAGCUCGAUUCAACUUGAAAUCUCAUACCGACAGUGCAUGGGAGAUCGACGAAACGGAGGGGCAACCAGGAAGUUUUCCGAUGAUCAGGCUGCAGAAUCCCACUCCGAAGUCAAAUCUGAAUACUGGGGCUGUGGAGAUACAGACGUACGAGUCGCUUGAGGAUCCGUAUCCUGUUGUGAAAGGAGACGGAAGGGAUUGA